AUGCGGGAUCCAGGUCCCAACGGAUUUAUCCUUACCUUCUUCCCAUCAAAGCCGCAUGCCAGAAAUAACGUCACGGCGGAGGUCACUCAAAAAUCCACUGAGGCGGAAGCGGAAAAGGGACAGCGAGUAAGGGCUGAGGAGAUAGGGACGGUCUUGUCCCGAGCCGGUGAAGUUUUACUUCUCUCUCCAGGAGGUGUUCGUGAGGCCCUCUUCUCUGACGAGUACUACUCUGUGUUGUGGGGCAAGCGUCGUGGAUUUGCACGCAUCGCCAUCAAGGCAAGACGUCCUAUUUAUCCCGUAUUCACGGAGAACAUUCGCGAGGGCAUUCGUCUCGUUCAAUAUGGCAAAUGUAGCAACUUGGAAACCAUUCGUUGUUUACCUGAUGUAGGUUGGCUACGUCGGCUUUACGAGUUUACACGACUACCGUUUGGCCUAUUCUAUGGAUACUUUCCGGUUAAAUUGCGGACUUACAUCGGUGAUCCAAUUUAUCCAAGAGAAGGGGAAACGGAUGAGCAAUUGGCGGACAGGGUGCGUGUAAUGUUGUUGUACAGCCUUCGCCGUUGCCUAACUGCCAUGAGCAACAAUCCACCAGUCGCACUCACUUUGCGCCUACAGGAAGCUGUGGAUCGUUGGCCGGUAGAUCCCACAAAGAAGCAUCGUGAUAUUCGUAUUUACUUGGAACAACGCGCGCGCCGCCUCAUU